AUGAGCAACGCCGCCUCCCUUGGCUGCGAUACGGACACUCUUCUGUCCAAUGCAGAUACCUACUCGGAAUCUUCGGAUUCUGAUGUUGAGGAAAUCAAACAACCUAACCCAAUCCGUCUUGAUGCAUUGGACCUCGCAUUCGAUGCCACCCAAGAGCAGUUCAUCGCGCCAUUAUUCGCCAACCGCGCUGAUUGGAUCAACGUGUUUUCACCGGAGCAAAUAUUGAGAAUUGCCAUCACUGCAAUGCUCGGGAAUCUUGAUCUCAACGCAGAUGCCGAACCAAUGGAGGAAGAUGAUGGUGGUGAUGCUGAUGGGGAGGACGACGGAGGCGAGGAGGAUGUCAAUAUGGAGGAAGACUAA